AUGGCCCUCAGAGCUUCUAAAGUAGCUACCCUAAAGGCAGAUCCAGAAGAACUAUUUACAAAACUGGAGAAAAUUGGUAAGGGCUCUUUUGGUGAAGUUUUUAAAGGAAUCGACAAUCGGACUCAGAAAGUGGUUGCUAUAAAAAUUAUUGAUCUGGAAGAAGCAGAAGAUGAAAUAGAAGACAUUCAACAGGAAAUCACAGUGCUGAGUCAGUGUGACAGUCCACAUGUAACAAAAUAUUAUGGAUCCUAUUUAAAGGAUACAAAGCUAUGGAUAAUAAUGGAAUAUCUCGGUGGAGGCUCUGCCCUUGAUCUUUUAGAACCUGGCUUGCUUGAUGAAAUCCAGAUUGCCACAAUACUGAGGGAGAUACUCAAAGGACUUGAUUACUUGCAUUCAGAAAAGAAAAUCCACAGAGAUAUUAAAGCUGCUAAUGUAUUGCUGUCUGAGCAAGGAGAAGUAAAACUAGCAGAUUUUGGAGUAGCAGGACAGCUAACAGAUACGCAAAUAAAGAGAAAUACCUUUGUAGGAACACCGUUUUGGAUGGCACCUGAAGUAAUAAAGCGAUCAGCAUACGAUUCAAAGGCAGAUAUCUGGUCGCUAGGCAUAACGGCCAUAGAACUUGCCAAAGGAGAGCCACCUCAUUCGGAAUUACAUCCGAUGAAGGCUUUGUUCCUCAUCCCUAAGAACAAUCCGCCAACGCUGGAAGGGAACUUCAGUAAAUCUCUCAAAGAAUUUGUGGAGGCCUGCUUGAACAAGGACCCAAGCUUUAGACCGACUGCAAAAGAGCUCUUAAAACACAAAUUCAUUUUACGAAACGCCAAGAAAACCUCCUACUUGACGGAGCUUAUCGACAGGCACAAGAGGUGGAAGUCUGAGCAAAGUCACGAUGACUCCAGCUCCGACGACUCGGAUCCUGAGCCAGAUGGCCAGGCUUCAGGAGGGAGUGAUUCCGGAGACUGGAUCUUUACAAUCAGAGAAAAGGAUCCCAAGCAUCUAGAGAAUGGAGCAGCCCAGGCUUUGAAACUGCAAAGAAAUAAGGAAAAGGAUAUCCUAAAGAGGCCUCUGUCUCAGUGCCUUUCUACAGUUAUAUCCCCUUUGUUUGCAGAGUUGAAAGAGAAAAGUGAGGUGUGUGGUGGCAACUUAGAUUCCAUAGAAGAAUUGCGAAAGGCUAUUUAUUUAGCUGAAGAGGCUUGUCCAGGCAUUACAGAUAACAUGGUGUCACACCUGGUGCAGAGGCUUCAGAGGUGA